AUGUCGUCUACCACCUCGUCCCGCUCUCGCUUCGACUGGAGCGUCACGGAUCCGGCCCACAACCCCGAGUUCAUGCGCUUCAGCUCCCGCCGCUCCACCGUCAUGGGCACAAAGGGCAUGGUCGCCUGCUCGCAGCCCCUCGCCGCGUCCGCGGGCAUCGAGGUUCUAAACCAGGGUGGAAACGCCGCCGACGCAGCGGUCGCAGUCGCCGCCGCGCUCAACGUCACCGAGCCAUGCAACACGGGCAUCGGAGGCGACGCCUUCUGCCUCUUCUACGACGCCAAGGCCAAAAAGGUCCGCGCCUUCAACGGUUCCGGACGCGCACCGAAAGCCAUGACCCUCGACAGACUCCGCGAGGCAGGCAUCAGCGGCAAGGAGAUCCCCGGAAACAGCCUGCAUUCCGUCACCGUACCCGGCGCCGCCAGCGCGUGGGUCGACACCGUUGAAAAGCUCGGCAGCGGCAAAGUCUCGCUCUCCGACGUCCUCGCGCCCGCCAUCCGCCUCGCCGAGAAUGGCCACCCGAUCCACGAGAGCACCGCUUACCUCUGGGGCCGGUCCGAGAAGCUCAUCAAGGCCGCCUCUCCCAACGCCGAAGAGAUGCUGCUCAAGGGCAAGGCGCCCAAGGCCGGAGAGAUUAUGCGCAUGCCCAACCUCGCCCGCACCUUCCGCGAGCUGGCCACCAAGGGCAAGGAGGGCUUCUAUAAGGGACGCAUCGCCGAGGAGAUUGUCUCGCUCAUCAAGUCGCAGGGCGGCCUGAUGGAGCUCGGAGACCUCGAGGCCCACUUCGAGCGCGGCACCGAAGAGGUGACGCCCAUCUCGUACACCUACAACCACCCCGCCGAGGCGGGCGACCUCGAGGGCAAGGAGGGCGUCACCGUCUACGAGUGCCCUCCCAACGGCCAGGGCCUCACGGCGCUGCUGGCCCUGGGAAUCCUCGACGAGCUGCAGGACGAGGGCAAGGUGGGUGACCUCGCCCGGAUCCCGCACAACAGCGCAGAGUACCUCCACGCCCUCAUCGAGGCCCUGCGCAUCGCCUUUGUCGACACGCGCUACUUUGUCGCCGACCCGGACCACUCGCGCGAUGUCGUCGACGCCCUCCUUUCCAAGGACUACCUCCGCGAGCGCGCAAAGCUCUUUGACCCCAAAAAGGCCGCCGUCGACCUCGUCAACGGCAGCCCGGCCAACACCUGCGACACCGUCUACUUUAGCGUCACCGACGGCGAGGGCAACGCCUGCUCGUUUAUCAACUCGAACUACGCCGGCUUCGGCACCGCGGCAGUGCCCAAGGGUUGCGGCUUCACGCUUCAGAACCGUGGCGCCGGCUUCGUUCUCGAGGAGGGCCACCCGAACUGCGUGGCGCCAGGCAAGCGGCCGUACCACACCAUCAUCCCGGCCAUGGCGCUGCGCGGCGACGAGCUGUUCUUGAGCUACGGUGUCAUGGGCGGCUUCAUGCAGCCACAGGGCCACGUCCAGGUGCUGCUGAGCAUGCUGCACCACGGCUUCAGCGUGCAGGAUGCGCUCGACGCACCACGCUUCUGCAUCGGACCGGGCAUGCAGGGUCCCGAGGGCAAGCAGUCGGACGUUUCCCUCGAGCUGGGCAUUGACCCCAAGGUGGUCGAGGAGCUGCGCGCCAUGGGCCACAACGUCAACCUCGUCGACGGUUGGAGCCGCUUCCAGUUUGGAAGGGGCCAGAUGAUCCAGAAGGUCAUCAACCCCGACGGCAAGCUCGUCUGGGCCGCGGGAAGCGACCUUCGCGCUGAUGGACAGGCGGUCGCGCAGGUGUAG